AUCAAGUGUCAUCUGCUAAGUUUCUUAGACCUAGUUAAUUUAUUGUUACGUGCAGUGUUUUAUUAGAUAUAUUAGUGUUUACAGUUUCUGGAGAUAUACAAAUCACCUUGCCAAACAAUGCAUCAUAGAGGAAAAGAAAAAGAAACCGGUAACAGGAAACUAGAUGUUCUCAAUCAGAAAUUAGAAGAAAAAGUAAAUCAUAAACCAAAAUUACCAGAGAAGAUAUUUGAAGUAAGAAAAUCACUUUUGACUGAGCUGUAUGAAGACAAUAUUCACACAAGAGCUAUUAUAAACUUUAUUAUGGGAUUUUCCAUAUUUAAUAUGGUUACUGUGAUAUUAAAGGACUAUGUUUAUUAUGGCAGGUAA